CCAAUGGGUCAGAUGACAAUUUUAGAAAACAGGCUUUUCAAGCCCUGAAGGUGGCUCUUUUGGGAGGUGUGGUGGUGUUUGUGACCCAGUCAUCGUGGGCAGCUCUGUGACCUCGUCAUUUAGAUUGUGUCCCUAAGCGUGGAUAUGUUUUCAGAGACAGAUAAGAAGACCCUAGAUUAAAAGCUGGAAGAGAUGUCAGAGCUCUUCAGAGCAACUCCUUCAUUGGAAUGAAAGGAAGCUCAGAGUGGUUAAGUGCUUGACCCGAAGUUCCACUGGCAGCAACUGGCUAAGCUGGAAUUCUAAAGGUAGAGCUGCCUGAGAUGAUUUCUCUGUCUCCUAGGGAAGUGGCCCUUAUUGUCCUUUUCCAGCUCCCCUGGCUCCUCUCAGAUUUUUUCCACCACAGAAAGUGCUGCUGUGACUCUUUUGGCCAACAUGAGACUUCUUUGACCUCCUUGAAAUGUAGAAGUAGAGUUGCUUCUGGAUCAAAAGGGAAGUUCACUGUGUUGGGACCACAGGAGCCAAUCACAGCCUUGGUGGGUGGAAAGGCUACAUUCCACUGCCACCUCUGUCCCCAGAAGGAUGCUGAGGAUAUGGAGGUGAAGUGGUUCCAUGAGAAGCAUUCGGAUCUAAUUCAUCACUAUAAAGAUAAGCAGGACCAAAUGGAAUACCAAAUUCCAGAAUAUAAGGAGAGAACAGAAUUCCUUCGAGAGAAUAUUUCCAGUGGGAAUGUGGCCCUGAGGUUGAGCAAUAUCCAUCCAUCUGAUGAGGGGAAGUAUUUGUGUCAAUUUAAAAGUCCCAUCUAUUCUCAUGAAGCUGAAUUCCAAGUACAUGUGGCAGGAAUUGGCUCAACCCCUCACAUACACACCAACUUUAAUGGAGCGGAUAGGCUUCGGCUGACAUGCACAUCUACAGGCUGGUAUCCAAAGCCUGAGGCACAGUGGAGGAACAUUUAUGGGGUGCCCUUGUUACCAAUGUCGAAGAACAUUAGGCAGAAGGACGAUGGGCUGUUCUCUGUAGAAAUGUCGAUCGUGGUGUCAUCCAGUUUAAAAGAAACCAUCUCUUGUUUCAUUUGGAACCCCCUCCUCAAGCAAGAGAAGGAAGCAAAGUUGAUUCGGGAAGAUAACUUGCUUCCAGAGACCUCUUCUGGGAUAAUCCCAUUGUUGAUCUGUGUAUUUAUUGCUGGAAUUUUCCUAUUCUUCACUUAUUAUGAUGACAUUCUACAAACAGUCCAAGGCACUCUUAAAGGUGAUCUUGGCUGUCCAGGACAGGCCAGGAGACCAUUGGAGGGAGCAGGAUGGGAUGGCACUUUUCUCCUUCCAUGCACGCAGGAGCAGGCUAGUCCAGGAGAUAUGCAGAAGGAGCAAAGAGGAAUAGCAUCGAUCUCUCUUCUUGGCCAUCAUGAAGAGGCCCAACCAGGAGACCAGAAGGAAGUGGAAUGGAAUCUCUCUCCAUCUCCUGAUAUCUUGAAGAAGCCAGACUUACAAUCUGCCCAGAAACACAGAGUGGAUGUCACUUUGGAUGCAGACACAGCUCAUCCUUACCUUCUUCCUCGAAUGGAUGGCAAAAGUGUCUUUUCCUGUUCUCAGAAACUAAAGAAAACUAAGAGUGCCGAGCGCUUUGAAACCCCAGUCUGUGUGCUGGGCAAGGAGAGAUUCAUUUCAGGGAAAUUCUACUGGGAGGUGCAGGUAGAAGAUAAGAUGAAGUGGACCUUGGGACUCUGUAAAAACUCAGUCUGCAGAAAAGGGGGGGUCCAGGUCACACCAGAAGCUGGGUUCUGGACUAUCUCUCUGAAGAAAGGGAAUGAGUACUGGGCCCUCUCUAGCCCUCAGACCCGUCUCCACUUGGUAGUGGCCCCUAAGAUUGUGGGGAUUUUCCUGGACUAUGAAGCAGGCCAGAUCUCUUUCUACAAUGUGACUGAUGGUACACAUAUCUACACCUUCCAGGACACCUUUAAUGGGGCCCUACGGCCAUGCAUCUGCCCUGGCCCCCUCUCUAUAUGGGAAAACAUUGUCCCUAUCACUAUCCCAUCCCAAAGUCAGGCAACUCUCAAGCCUUCCCAACUUCCUAAAACCACACAAGAGCCUGGAAAUUGUUUUGAGUAAGCAGCUAUGGGUUCUUGAGGAGAAGCCAUCUUCUCCACAGCUCUCAGUACAAAUGUACUUACCUUUCAUCUCUCUUGGAGGACACUGAAUCUUUAGGAAUGUUCCUUGUGCACGUUUUGAGAUUUCUCCCACAUGCCCUUCUCCAUUCCUAUGCACACCUUCUCUGCUCCAUUUGGUUUGAGGAUUUGCUAAACCCUUUCCAGGGCUAUUUACUCACCUGUAGUGUCCACCUGUCACCCAACUCUCACCCAUAGUUCCAAGAAGCUGUAGCAUCCACCAUCUGGUAAAACCUUCUUGGCAAAUGGGCUAAACCAGGUUGAGGGUAACCGACAGGACUCAGAACUGUAAGUAAGUUAGGGAGAUGUCUAUCCCAAGCAUAUAAAGACUACCCCUGGUGGAAUGGGUGGAUGAGAACAAUUUGUUCCAAUGGUCAUGAAGGCAGGUGACGCAGGCCCUGUGGAGCACUUGGAGCUUGGCCAGACAUCAAAAACGCCAAGGUCAUCUGCUGCAUUCUGGGCCAUCGUCAGUCAUCUUGCCUUUUGUCUUGCCACUAGACUUCGAUGACUGUGGAAGACACAGUGACACUGAUGACUGACUUUGUGCAGCUCUGCCUCACUUAAAUCCAAUUCACUCUCAAGCCAAAACAUGACAUGCCAAUGGUCCUCUUUGAAAACAAAACAUAAACAACAACAACAACAUCCUCAUAGCCUCUUCUACUUUUGUUUGUUUCAGUACCAUGAGAAUUCCUAGUGUACCUUUUCUGCAACAGUUCUAUUUGCCUUAUAGAUUUUUAACAAUGGCCUUAAAAUGCAGAUAUACAUCAGAUACAAUAGCCCAUGGGCCAAGGAACCCUUUCAAAUUUGCCAGGAAGAAGGGUGGUUUAUUUUUAUGGGAAAUAUUGGCCGGUUACCAUAACUAGCUAGAACUCUUGCCACCCAGAAUUAUGAGUAACUGACACAUUCACAUAUAUCAGGUACACUUUUGAGUUGGUGUCCAGGUCGUGUGAGAUCAUCAUCAUCUACAUCAUAAACCUGUGCAAUUGCACUAGCAAAGAUGUAGAAUCUUUCUGGACAGUUAUCUGACAGUGCACAAUAAAGUUUACAAAAAUAGUCCUUGCUUUUGAUCCAGUAAUUCUAUUGUUAGGAAUACAGCCUGACGGUAUUGUCAAAAUAAAAACAGGACUGUCUGUUCAAAAAGUUUUAUAGUUGCAUUGAAUGUAUUUGCAAAAACUAGCAAUAAUGUUAAACAGCAAUAUGACUCUUCCCCCCACCCGCAAUAAAUCUGGGGCAUGUGCUCCUUUCCUCUA